ACAACAUUUUCUUUACUUUCUUUAUCCAUUUAUCAUAUUGAACACUUAUGUUGCUUCCAUGUCUUAGGUGUUGUAAAUAAUGCUGCAAUGGGAGUGCAGAUAAUCUUUAUGAGAUACUGAUUUUAUGUCCUUCUGAUAAAUAUCCAGAAGUAGGAUUACUGGAUCAUGUGGUAGUAGUCCUAUUUUUAAUUUUUUGACUAAUCUCAUACUGCUUCUCAUAGUGGCUGCACCAAUUUAUAUUUCCACCAAAAGUGUACAAGAGUUCUUUUUUCUCUACAUCCUUGCCAACACUUGUUAUUGCUUGUCUUUUUUAAAAAAAAAAUUUAACAUUUUAUUUAUUUUUGAGAGACAGAGCACUAGCGGGGGAGGGGAAGAGAGAGAGGGAGACACAGAAUCCAAAGCAGGCUCCAGGCUCUGAGCUGUCAGCACAGAGCCGGAUGCAGGGCUCAAACUUGCAAACCAUGAGAUCAUUGUCUGAGCCGAAGUUGGACACUCAACCACCUGAGCCACCCAGGUGCCCUUGCUUGUCUUUUUGAUACUAGCCACUCUGACAGGUGUGAGAUGAUAUCUCAUUGUGGUUUUGGUUUGCAUUCCCCUGGUGACUAGUGAUGUUGAACACCUUUUCAUAUACCUGUUGGCCAUCUGUAUGUUUCUCUGGAAAAAUGUCUAUUCAGAUCCUCUGCCCAUUUUUUAAAUCAUGUUGUUUGGUUUUGCUAUUGAUUUGUGUUAGUUCAUUUUAUAUUUAGAUAUUAAUUCCUUAUCAGAUACGUAACUUGAAAAUAUUUUCUCCCAUUCUGUAGGUUGCCUUUUCAUUUGUUGAUGGUUUCCUUCUCUGUGCAAUCUACAGAAUGGGAGAAAAUGAAAUGAAUGUUGUCUGAGCAAGAAGGAUGUUGAAAAUGUGAAGAAGGUGAUGAAUAAUGAAAAUCUGAUAUGGUAGAGAAGAGGCCUCCAUAAGAUCAGAAAGCUGUUGAAGUGAUUAUUUUAGAAUAAGGGUGACUGGGAAGGAUUGGAUGUGAUAGUCAGAUAGGAGGUGCUAUUCUCAGUUAUGAGAGGUCUGUUGUACAACCAUAUGCUUGAGUGACUGAGGUAUGAUGGAAGACAAUAUCACUGAGCCAAAGAUACAAGGAAAUAAAAGUCCAUGGUGUUAGAUGGAUCAUGUUUCUGACUUUAAAUGUAGCUAAGAAUGAUGAGGGUGUCAUUUGUAGAUGAGGAUACAGUAAACCAGGAACCAAAAAUCAUGAUUGAAUGAGGAAUAUGAUACAAAGAAUGUCAGCUGGUGAGAACAACUGGGAAGGAUAUGGAGUGGAAAAGUCUGAUGACAUGCAUUUCAAAGGAGUUGGGGUUUUGAAAGAGGGAGGAAACAGUUAAAAAAUACCAGGGAAGAGCAAAGAGAACACUUACUCUACCUCCAUGCUUUUCUUACUCUCCUUAUUUACUUCCUCUACUUCUGUGUAUCAGAGGGGGAAAAAAGCCUCUUCUUGAGCAGGGGAAGGAGAAGCAUGUCUUCAAGAAGAACCAAGUAUCAGAGUAAUAAGUUGAAGUGAAUUUCAGAGAAGAAUUAGAGAAUCAGAGAGCAAGUUUUAAAGGGAAUAAUAGUAAGUCUUGUGAGGGAAUACAAUACAAUAAUUGAAUUAUAUUGUUUUAAAUACAAUAAUCACAACAAUUGGUGUUUUAAUGAUGGAUGAAUAAAGAAUAGUUGUAAAGUAUCAUAGCAAUAUCUCUGGUCCUUAGGUCUGGAUGUUAUUUAAAAUAUCAGGGAACCUACCACCAGGGACUGAUGAAAUUUUGUCAAGGAAGGAAAAACUUGCAGUGACCAUUCAAGGAAGUUGUUUGUAGUCUUGGGAGAAUGAAUGCAUGAAAAAGGAGGUGAUUGAAGAAGGGCUGGACUCUGGGUGGAGGAGGGCUCUGGAUUUUCCUGUGGCUGGAGGUAUUUUUAAGUCAUUGUAGAACAUAAGUCAGGAAGGUAUCUGUCAUCUCCUGAAUUGCUUAAAUCAGUGUCAAUGCCAACCACCAUCUAAUGGGUCUUCCUGUACGACAAAGGCUGGAAGACUAAAGGCUAUAGUACCCAGCCAAAUUUCAACAGAGUUUCUGUAUGUGUUUUAGAUUUUGUCAAUCAAAUGGAUUUGAGUAUGAAUUGAAUUUGGAACUGAGUUAAGGGGAGGAAGGCACAGGAAGAAGGCCAUCGUCAUUCUGCUGGUACAGAUGGCAAGAGGGCAAAAUGCUUGUGCAGUUGGCAGUUCCCAGCCCCAACACCUGGUUUUAGUGGAAACAGUAGCAGCUCCUUUGCAUUAUUUUUUGGAAGCAUAGCCUGGAAUCUGCCUCUUGGGCCCUGUCAGUGGAUUUUUAAAAAGUCAUCUCUAUACCCAAUGUGGGGCUCGAAUUUACAACCCUGAAAUCAAGAGUUGCAUGCUCUACUGACUGAAUCAGCCAGGUGCCCCUCUCUUAGUGAUUUAAAAAAUAUUUUUUUAAUGUUUAUUUUAUUUUUGAGAGAGAGAGAGAGCGCGCAGGGGAGGGGCAGAGAGAGAGAGAGAGAGAGAGAGAGAGAGAAUCUGAAGCAGCCUCCAGGCUCUGAGCUGUCAGCAUAGAACCUGACCCUGGGCUAGAAUCAUGAACAGUGAGAUCAUGACCUGAGCUGAAGUUGGCACUUAACCGAUGGAGCCAUCCAGGUGCCCCAUCUCAGUGAUUUUUUUAAACCAUUGUAUAUCCUAUGAUAAAUGUCCUUUGCUUAAACUACCAGAGUGAAUUCUUUCCUUUCCUAAAACCACCCCUCCCCAAUGUAGAUGAUUCACCUGAGGUUGGGCAGCCAAUCUAAUAUUACAUUGGUUGGGAAGUUAAGAAGUAUUAACUAGGAUCAUCAAAUUUUCUCUCAUGAUUUUUUUUUAGAAAUAAAGUCAUUUAUGAGAGAUAAUGGAUGUUACUUACAAAUUUUUUUUAAUCUUUAUUUAUUUUGAGAGAGAGACAGAGUGUGAGCAGGGGAGGGAGACACAGAAUCAGAAACAGGCUCUAGGCCCUGAGCUGUCAGCACUGAGCCCAACACGGGGCUUGAACUCACAAACCGUGAGAUCAUGACCUGAGCUGAAGUCGGACGCUUAACCGACUGAGCCACCCAGGCUGCCCCAUGGAUGUUACUUAUAAAAGGUGAGCCUCAUUCACUGGAUAAUUGGAGAGAGAUAAUCUUGAGUGGAUUUGUAGUGUGUGUGUGUGUGUGUGUGUGUGUAUGCACAUGUGCACACGUACUCAUGUAAGCAUAUGUCUCUGAAAUAUUGCUGAGUAGCUUAGAAAUGCUAUAAAGUGACUCUUGAUCAUGACACUGUUUUCCCAGAAUCAGAAACUGCCCUCACCAGCAUACUAUCGAUUCUUUUCUCCUAUUCACCUUUCUAUUCUCAAUUAGACACAAAUGUUACUUGAAACAAGUCACUCAUUAAUUUCUGAGAUAUUUAUGGUAAAGCCUAUGUGUGUGUCAGCCAGUAGGCUAGGUGUUGGGAAUACAGGUAAGGAAUGAACAAACAGGAUCCUUGACUGCAUAAAGCUUUCCGUCUGCUACAGAGGUAGAUGCUAACAAAACAUAUUAAUUAAAUAUGAUGAAUAUUUUGAACAGGGAAGAUUUGGGUUUAGGGAACAACUUCAAUAGGGGGAUAUAAGCUCGUGUAGGUGGUUCUUCUUAGGGAAGUUUGCUGCCAACUGAUUUCUGACAGAUGUAAUAGUAGGUUUAACAAUACAUACAGUAGCAAACACAAAUCUCAAAGGCUUGACUUAACAAAAAUUUAUUUCUUGCUCCCUUGAAGCAAAUGGAGGUUGAUUGGGUGGCUUUCCUCUCAGUGUGAACCCACAUGUCCUUUCCUUUCUUCCCAUUGCUCUGUUUUCUCUAGGGUCUCCUCAGAUUCCCCUGCUGCAUCGACAGCAUUCAGCUGCCCAAAGAACUGGGCUGAUUUGAGGAAGAUUGUGUAUCUGAUACUUAAUAAUUUCAACCUAAAAGAGAUUGCUCACAUUCCACAGAGAGCAGUCACAUGGGCCUGCGGAGAUGCACGGGCAGGGUGGAACAGAGGCAUUUGGGAAACACAGUCCUUGACAGAGAAACUGCUUCCCAGUACUCUGCAAAAGAGGGAGACAUUUACUAGUUUAGUAGCUAGUUGUCUCUGCCACAGGAACAGAAACAAACACACUUGCAUUUUUGAGAGAUAACUAGCCUCAUAAAAAGCUGACUUAGAGAACAAUAUGACUGAAAGUGAACUGUUACUAUUAUUAACUUUAGUACCUUUGAGGAAAUGCUGGGCUUAAAUAGAUAUUUUCAUCCAGCACAUAGAAAAUCUAACCCUUUAAAUUUGGGUCAGAGAUUAAAGUGAAUAGUGGGUAUGAUGUGCUCUGGGAGCUAAUGCUAGUGUUCUAUGGAAGUAAUCUCCUAGAAUUUAACCCAUGACCCCAUUUACAAACUUGAAAUAUUUAGGAGAAUCCCAGUGGUAGAAAAAAAGUGAAUUUGACACAAAUUCUACCUUCAGUUAUUGUGUAACCUUCAAAUUUAACCAUUGUUAUUGACAUGUUUUUAUAUUAAAUUUCUAAUAUCUGAGAAAUCAAUGCAAACAAUGGAGAAAAGCUGCAGAAUUUGAAUUGUUAUAGAAGAAUUGCAGGGUACAAAAAACUCAGUAGUAAUACAAAUGGGCCUGGGACAGCAAAUUUUUUUCUUUUUUACUUUUUAAAGUUUUUUAAAUGUUUCAAAAUUUCUAAUGUUUUUAGAAAGCAGACUGUGAUAGUGUGAUUUGUAAUAAAAAAAAUAUAUGUAUCUGGUCUUUGUCCCUGUGUUUUGGCACUGAGCUCCUAAAACUCUUGGAAUUUCCAGACAGAAGCAGCAAAGGUGUUUCUUGUUAUGUUAAUGAGGUGACUGUUAGACCCCCACCUGAGGAUGGCAGCUGGUUGCCUGGAGAACUAAUGUUUGAUUGAGAGUUGGAACUCUAAGUCCCACCCCUGAGCUCUGGGGAGGGGCAAGGGCCUGGAAACUGAAACAACUGCCCAAGGCUAACGAUUUAAUCAAUCAUGACUGUGAAAUGAAGGCUCCUUAAAAACCCAAAAGGGCAGGGUUCAGAGUUUCCUGGUUGGUGCAUGCUGGGGGAGUGGCCUCUGGGAGAGGAUAUGGAUGCUCCUAGCUCUUUCCCUCUCCCUUGCCCUGUGCAUCUCUUCAGCCUGGCGGUUCCUGAGUUAUAUCUUUACCAUAAACUGGCACUCUAACUCCCUGUAACCACUCAGCCAGGUGUUGGGAAGAUGUGUAGUAGCUGAGCACCCUUCUGACACUCUCCUCAGAAUCAGCUUGGAGAUGCUUUCACCCUGUCCGUCUUCUUCAGCAGCCAGGCAGAGUGCUGACUCCUUCACAGCAGUGAGGAACUCUUCUGGCUUCAGAAGCUCUUAAAUCUGAUCUACAAUGGAAAAAUUUCUUUUUUAUCUGUUUUUCAUUGGCAUAGCAGUGAGAGCUCAGAUCUGUCCAAAGCGUUGUGUCUGUCAGAUUUUGUCUCCUAAUCUCGCAACCCUUUGUGCCAAGAAAGGGCUUUUAUUUGUUCCACCAAACAUCGACAGAAGAACUGUGGAGCUGCGGUUGGCAGACAAUUUUGUUACAAAUAUUAAAAGGAAAGAUUUUGCCAAUAUGACCAGCUUGGUGGACCUGACUCUAUCCAGGAAUACAAUAAGUUUUAUCACACCUCAUGCUUUUGCUGACUUGCGAAAUUUGAGGGCAUUGCAUUUGAAUAGCAACAGAUUGACUAAAAUUACAAACGAUAUGUUCAGUGGGCUUUCCAAUCUCCAUCAUUUGAUACUGAACAACAAUCAGCUGACUUUAAUCUCUUCUACAGCAUUUGAUGAUGUCUUUGCCCUUGAGGAGCUGGACCUGUCCUACAAUAAUUUAGAAACGAUUCCUUGGGAUGCAGUUGAAAAGAUGGUUAGCUUGCACACCCUUAGUUUGGAUCAUAAUAUGAUUGAUAAUAUUCCCAAAGGGACUUUCUCCCACUUGCACAAGAUGACUCGGCUUGAUGUAACAUCAAAUAAAUUGCAGAAGCUACCACCUGAUCCUCUCUUCCAGCGAGCUCAGGUACUAGCAACCUCAGGAAUAAUCAGCCCAUCAACUUUUGCAUUAAGUUUCGGUGGAAACCCUUUGCAUUGCAAUUGUGAAUUGUUGUGGUUGAGACGUCUGUCCAGAGAAGAUGACCUAGAGACUUGUGCUUCUCCAGCACUUUUAACUGGCCGCUAUUUUUGGUCAAUUCCUGAGGAAGAGUUUUUAUGUGAACCUCCUCUCAUUACUCGUCAUACGCAUGAGAUGAGAGUGCUGGAAGGUCAAAGGGCAACCCUGAGGUGCAAAGCCAGGGGGGACCCUGAACCUGCAAUUCACUGGAUUUCUCCUGAAGGGAAGCUUAUUUCAAAUGCAACAAGAUCUCUGGUGUAUGAUAACGGAACACUUGAUAUUCUUAUCACAACUGUGAAGGAUACAGGUGCUUUUACCUGCAUUGCUUCCAAUCCUGCUGGGGAAGCAACACAAACAGUGGAUCUUCAUAUAAUUAAGCUCCCUCACUUACUCAACAGUACAAACCAUAUCCACGAGCCUGAUCCUGGUUCUUCAGAUAUCUCAACUUCUACGAAGUCAGGUUCUAAUGCAAGCAGUAGUAAUGGUGAUCCUAAAAUGAGUCAAGAUAAAAUUGUAGUAGCAGAAGCGACAUCAUCCACGGCACUACUUAAAUUUAAUUUUCAAAGAAAUAUUCCUGGAAUACGUAUGUUCCAAAUCCAGUAUAAUGGUACUUAUGAUGACACCCUUGUUUACAGAAUGAUACCUCCCACGAGCAAAACUUUUCUUGUCAAUAACCUGGCUGCUGGAACUAUGUAUGACCUGUGUGUCUUGGCAAUAUAUGAUGAUGGCAUCACUUCGCUCACUGCCACAAGAGUCGUGGGUUGCAUCCAGUUUACUACGGAACAAGAUUAUGUGCGAUGCCACUUCAUGCAGUCCCAGUUUUUGGGAGGCACCAUGAUUAUUAUUAUUGGUGGAAUAAUUGUAGCAUCUGUGCUGGUUUUCAUCAUCAUCCUAAUGAUCCGGUAUAAGGUUUGCAACAAUAACGGGCAACACAAGGUCACCAAGGUCAGCAAUGUCUACUCUCAAACUAAUGGGGCUCAAAUCCAAGGCUGUAGUGUAACGCUGCCCCAGUCCAUGUCCAAACAAGCUGUGGGGCAUGAAGAGAAUGCCCAGUGUUGUAAAGUUGCCAAUGACAAUGUGAUACAAUCUUCGGAAACUUGUUCAAGUCAGGACUCCUCUACCACUACCUCUGCUUUGCCUCCUACCUGGACUUCAAGCACUUCUGUGUCCCAGAAGCAGAAAAGAAAGACUGGCACAAAGCCAAGUACCGAACCACAGAAUGAAGCCGUCACAAAUGUUGAGUCCCAAAACACUAACAGGAACAACUCAACUGCAUUGCAGUUAGCUAGUCGACCUCCUGAUUCUGUCACAGAGGGGCCCACAUCUAAAAGAGCACAUUCAAAGCCAAAUGCUUUGCUGACUAAUGUUGACCAGAUUGUCCAGGAAACACAGAGGCUGGAGUUAAUCUGAAGAGCACUACUUCUUUCUCUCCUGAAAAAAGUUGCCACUGAUAUUUUUACUGGAUAAAAUUUAAACAUGUUUCAAUUCACAAAGGCCAAUUGUUGAACUGGUGUCCUAGAAGAAAUUGUUCACAGGAGCCGAAGCAGAAGUCUCUGAUGCUGGUGGAACUGGCUCUAUCAGACCAUGGUUCAUCCUCUUUUAAAGCCAAAUUUUUUUUUCUUCUGGCCUACAAGUAUUUUCUUUUUUUUAAAGAAGGAAAGAGAAAAGCCUACACUGGCAUCGAGUUCUGUAUCAAUCCAUGUUACAUUGCCAUCCAUGAUUUAAGACUGUAGAAUCUUGAAUAAUCUAUAUCACUUUAACAAAUAAAUGUUUUACUAUGACAGAAUUUGUACAGUGCCUGAUUUGUGGAAAUAUCAGUUGCUUCAAGUAUGAAUGGUGAAAUGAUGACUGUAAGAACUAAUAAUACUAUUUUACAUUUAUGUAAUGCAAAACCUUAAGGAAUCACAAUUGCUUUAUAAUACUGGAACUAUUUCUGCCGUGACUGAAGCUCACCCACGUCUGUGGGAGAGCAGUACAGCUAUUUAAAAAGCUUUACAGCAGUUUUAUGCUUCAGUGUAAGACAGUGAUGAGGGAUCUCUUCUCCUAGUGGAACUUCAGAAAGCAUCAAGGUAGGCAUGUAUGGUAAUUAAUCCAAAUUGAUGCAUUGCUCUUCUGGAGAGCCAGGGCAAAGAAUUUUAGUAAUUUUAGGCCUUAUGUUUCAUGGUAAGUGCCCAUUUCUCCAAUUUUGCACAAUUGCAAAUAAAGAAAAUUAAGAAGUAAAUAAAGGGUAGAUAAAGAAGAACAGACAUCUGAUUUAACACCAGCAUAAAUAAGAGGAAGACAUUUCCGUGGCCAAUAAAUGUUAAUACAAUCUUAUUUAAGCAGUAUCCAAGCCUAGCAUUUAAGGGCUAUCCCUGGUAACAAGGCAGGCCUGAGCUCAAACUCUACAUCUGAGCAAAUUUGGCCAGUCACCUACCUUUUCGUGUUCUCACAGAAGAAAUAUUGUAAAAUUUGAAAACGUAUAUAAACUUAUCCCUGUAUUUGUUAAGCAAUAAGUUCAAUUAAAAACUAGUAUUAGCAUUGCCAUUAGCCAUUGAAUUCAGAUUCUCUAAAAUAUUAGAUUUUAUUUCUGUUCCUUUACAAUUUUAUUAGUUGUCAAUCAUCAAAAGCAAUAUGUAGUUUAAAUUUUUUAAAAACACGGAAAACUGUCUUUUAAGAAAUUUAGGUUAUCUCUUAGCCCUUCCACAUCUCUUAGACUGUUAAAAAUAUCCAACCAUCCAAAGAGAGGUUACAGAUUAUUAGCCUUUAGAUGGUACUUGAAAUCUGCUCAGAGCCUAACUACACUAAAUAAUCUAAAGAGGUGCGCACAUACACUCACUCCAGACACACCCAAUGCAUGCUUGAAACAGAAGUAAGUUGAAAUGACUCUGGGCAAAUUGUUCAUUCUCUCUGUUUCCUGGCAACUCUAAUUCUCUGAGCAAUUCUGUUCAUGUGUGUGUUCAUGUAUAUGUGCAUGGAUAAAUGUUUAUGGUGACAAAGACACAAAAUGAACACUAUGCAUCUGCAAAUCUAUUCCUGAUAUAUACAACUUUUCUCCUCAAAUAUAAAGCUUCAGGAACACAAAUGGCUUUCCUGGAUCUCAGUGCAGAGUUCAACUUUUUAAGGUCUUUCUCAGGAAAACCUGCUAACUUUUCUUCAAGAACGUUCUCCUGUUUAUCUUUGAAUUUCUUCUGCUGUCUGGGACUGAUUCUUUCCUAUUUUGACAUUUUUAUUGAUGAUAAUGUAGCCUGACCUUCACUUCUUUAGGACUUUCACACUAUUGUGUUCCAAGGAACAUGAGUUUUAGUGUGUUAGAAGUAAAAUUACAUUUAAUCAUUUUAAGUCUUCAUCUUGCAUCCCCUACACCUGAACUAAAACUUUCAUUUAUGCAAACAUUCAAACAACAUUAAUCAGGCCCUCAUAUUGUACAUAUUUUCUCUUUUUGAAAUGUUGUUUGUAAGGAAGACUGAGGCCCAGGUCUCUGAUUCUGUAAGUAUGCAAUACUCAAUUGUUUAUGGGCAGAUAUUUACUUCUUAUACAAUGAGAUUCAGAGAACACAAAUGCACACCCUUAAUAGGAAUAAUGAUCACAAGUUAAAGUUUUGCAAAAAAGCAACAAAAUAAUAUUUUGAGGACAAGUAGGAAUAAUUUCUUUAGCUGAGCUUAUAAUGUCACAAGGGUAAUUUAAUGGGUGGUAAAAAGUCUCACCUGAAGUUAUUGAAUAUGCAUUGGAAACCACUUCUAUUUUCCUGUUAUUCU